GAAGGUGAGAAGAAACCGCGUCUAGGUGAUGAGAACUAAGAUCUUUCUCUUAUUCAUCGUCAUCACAACAAAUCCACAAAGAAUGAAUCUUCUAUGCUCUGUUUGAUGAUUCAACGCAUCCUAUUACCCAACCACAAACAGCUACACACACGUAUAUAUAAAUAAAGAACGAAAGAAACUUUUUUUUUUCUGUUAUCAUUUGACUUUGAUCAUAAUCCUAAAUCCUAAUCCAUUUCUUCGUCUCCUAGCUGUUCUUCUGCUAUUCUGUGAUCAUUGGAUGAGGAGAAGAAGAAAGUGAACGUUGUGAAUAGAAAGUUUUCAGGCUUGUUUUUUUUGGUUUGCUUACCAUUGUUUCAUGGGCAAUUCAUGCCGUGGUUCUUUCAAGGACAAAACCUACGAGGGCAAUAACAAUCUGCCCGAGGAGAAUUCCAUAACCAUCACCCACGUUUCCUCCGUUCAUUCCCCGACCACAGAACAAGACUUCCCUAAAGAAGACAACAACAACAACAACAAGAGUCCUGUUCUUGUGCUUCCUGUGAAAGAACCUUUUAUGCGACGUAACAUGGACAACCAAGCCUACUAUGUUCUCGGUCACAAGACUCCUAACAUCCGCGAUCUUUACACCUUGAGCCGUAAGUUAGGACAAGGACAAUUCGGGACCACGUAUCUUUGCACCGAGGUUGCAACGGGUGUUGACUAUGCUUGCAAGUCUAUAUCCAAGCGUAAGUUGAUAUCUAAGGAAGAUGUUGAGGACGUUAGGAGGGAGAUUCAGAUAAUGCACCAUUUGGCUGGUCACAAGAACAUUGUUACCAUCAAAGGAGCUUAUGAGGACCCUUUGUAUGUUCACAUUGUGAUGGAGGUUUGUGCUGGUGGUGAGUUGUUUGAUAGGAUUAUUCAGAGAGGUCAUUACACCGAGAGGAAAGCUGCUGAGCUGACCAAGAUCGUUGUCGGUGUUGUUGAGGCUUGUCAUUCGCUUGGUGUCAUGCAUAGAGACUUGAAGCCUGAGAAUUUCUUGUUGGUUAAUAAGGAUGAUGAUUUCUCUCUUAAAGCCAUUGAUUUUGGUCUCUCUGUUUUCUUCAAACCAGGCCAAAUAUUUAAGGAUGUUGUAGGAAGUCCAUACUAUGUUGCUCCUGAGGUUCUUCUUAAACAUUAUGGUCCUGAAGCUGAUGUGUGGACUGCUGGUGUUAUACUCUAUAUUCUACUAAGCGGUGUCCCUCCUUUUUGGGCAGAAACACAACAAGGAAUAUUUGAUGCUGUCUUGAAAGGAGAUAUAGACUUUGAGUCAGACCCGUGGCCUGUGAUAUCCGACAGUGCUAAAGAUCUGAUCAGGAAGAUGUUAUGCUCUAAUCCCUCUGAACGCUUGACAGCUCAUGAAGUUAUGCGUCAUCCAUGGAUCUGUGAGAACGGAGUUGCACCAGAUAGAGCUCUUGAUCCGGCUGUUUUGUCUCGUCUCAAACAGUUUUCUGCAAUGAAUAAAUUAAAGAAGAUGGCUUUAAAGGUGAUAGCUGAGAGCCUGUCAGAAGAAGAGAUCGCGGGUUUAAGAGCAAUGUUUGAGGCAAUGGAUACUGAUAACAGCGGUGCAAUCACUUUUGAUGAACUCAAAGCUGGACUGAGAAGAUAUGGCUCUACUUUGAAAGACACUGAGAUCCAAGAUCUUAUGGAAGCGGCUGACGUGGAUAACAGCGGUACAAUAGAUUACAGUGAGUUUAUUGCAGCGACGAUCCAUCUGAAUAAGCUAGACAGAGAAGAGCAUCUUGUCUCUGCGUUUCAGUACUUUGAUAAAGAUGGAAGUGGUUACAUCACCAUUGAUGAGCUGCAACAAUCUUGCGUGGAACAUGGGAUGACCGAUGUUUUUCUUGAAGAUGUAAUCAAAGAAGUUGAUCAAGACAAUGAUGGACGGAUUGACUAUGGAGAAUUUGUUGCGAUGAUGCAAAAGGGCAAUGCUGGUAUCGGGAGACGAACAAUGAGAAAUAGCCUGAACAUCAGCAUGAGAGAUGCAUAGUCACUACACACGUCUUUGAACCAUUUACGUGGUGAGGCUGCAAAUGUUACCACGUAAUCAAAAAUAUUUGCAAUAUUCAAUCACAGAGAGAGGCAGUAAGGCAGCUAAAUCCUUGAAGGUUUGACUUUAAAAUGUUAAAAAAAAAAAAACUAAUGUACGCUUAACAUUGGUGGAUUGACAAAAAGUGUUUUGUUAUGUUUCAUCAGUUAGGUGUGGGGACUAUUUCUUUCUCUCUGUCUUUUGUUUUGUUUGUUUGUAACAACUGUUCAAGUUUGUUGACCUUAUUUCAUCUCCAUUAUUGAAAAGCUUUGACCCU